AUGGUCUACAAUCUGGAAGUUUUAUCGGAAAAUGUACCAGUAACGUGGUCAUUGCUGCCUAAUAUAUUUCUUUACAGAUUGUGGAGAUUGACGCCGGUGUAUUUUUUGAUGAUUUUGUUUACAGCCACUUGGCUCCGAUAUCUAGGAUCCGGCCCACUGUGGAAACUUUAUGUUAUGAGUGUAGUAUCAGAUUGUAGACAAUACUGGUGGGCGCAUAUUUUCUAUAUCAAUAAUUAUUUUCCAGAAGACAAAGCUUGCGCUGUACAUACAUGGCAUCUAGCCGCUGAUAUGCAGCUUUUCGUUCUGGGAUCAAUUAUGUAUAUAGCUACUAAAUCAAAAGGAAGAUCUUUGGUUAUAACUCUUCUACUACUGUUUAGUAUGGCAGCACCGGCACUGCACGUUUGGUUUCAGGAUCUUGAUGCUCUCGUUAUAUUUAAACCUGAAUUUUAUCGAAGCUUCUGGAACGAAACAUAUCGGUACCUUCACGUCUUGGGCCACAAUAAUCUUUCAUGCUUUAUCAUUGGAAUGGUCUCUGGCUACUUCGCGUAUAGCUGGCAGAAGAAUCGAGUUGAAGUGUUUAGGCAUAAGAUAUGGCAAUAUCUCGCUUGGUGUGUGGUACCUGGCGUAGUGGGGCUCAUUUUGACAGGAAGUGUAUUCUAUACGGAGACACGGCUAUCGCUCGUGAUUAGAAUGACAUAUGCAGCGACUCAUCGGGCGAUUUUAGGAGUUAUCACAGCCUUUGUUAUUCUUGGUUUAGUGUUUAAAAUUGAAAAUUAUAAACUAUCUGGGCAUUGUAACUUUAUCGUACCUGGUAGCAAUACCGCUACAUUUAAUGGUUGA